UGAAAUUACUGGUAAAACUUUCUUCUGAUAUGGGAAGCCGUGUCAAGUUUCAGUUGGAAAACGAUAACCUCAGUAGCAACUUGAUGGGAGCAGAAGAACCCACUAGAGAAGAAGAAUACAACCAGUUAUUUAACGAGUGUGGCUUUAUUGAUGAAAUAGAGUUGGAACCUUUUUCAUCCAAGACACUGGUGCUGAACUUCACACCUCGUUCCAAGCUAGGACUUCAAAACAGUAUUCUGCUACAAAGGGAACUUAUGGAGUCCUUUCUUGAGGGAAAAGGGCGCCAAAAGUUUUUUGCACGCUAUUCUUUGGAGUUAUUUGAAGGAUAUUUAUGGUUAGAGGUUGUAAGUGGGUUUGAAAUCAGACAAGGCGACAGGAACUCUCAGGUAGAUGUACCUUUUCGAGAAAUUUAUCCACACUCAUGUACACCACUGAUGAUAAAAGUGACUGGCCGUUUGUGUCCGUCUGUAUUAUUACCAGAUACUCAUGAAAUUGUCUUUGACAAUUGCUCAGUAGGAGAAACCUAUGUACGAGACUUGAAUGUAUGGAAUCUCUCAGAAAUAAGUUCAAGUUUUACUUUUGGGUUGAAAUACAUAGACAGAAUAACUUUGGAUGGUAAAAGUAGCUAUCGUUUGACUGGAGGUAACUUGGGCCAUUGGAUAUAUAUUGUAGAUUAUGAGACAGGUGCAAGUAUUGAAGACGCUAUUGAUGUUGCUGGAUUUUCUUAUCGUAGACUUCAAGUGAUUUUCCGUGCUCUUGCGGAAGGUGAAAUCAACUACUAUUUUGAGAUGGAGAAUCAAAAAGACCUUCGAAAUUCUUUCACUAUAAAGAUAUCGAGUAUUGUAACGGGUGAUCUCCCGAAAGAUACGUUAGAAGUUUUGAAUCUUUCUGGUGGUCUAGUAGAUUUCGGCGAAUGUUAUUAUGAGGACUCUGUAGCGAGAAAAAUAACUAUUCGUAAUGUUUCCAAACAAGAGCUUGAAAUAUCUUUAGGAAGUGAUCGAGAUGAUGAAGUUGUAUAUGAAAUUGUGAAUGAUGAUGAUCAUUUUUCAGGGAUAGGUUUUGACUCCGUAUCAGAUGGAGAUAUGAAUGCUUAUUCCAUGAGAGCGUUGAGAAAGGAAAUUUCUGAAACAAUGAGCUCUGACGGUUCGGAAACGAGGAAGUCUUCAGCACUAGCAACUCCGGAUAGAGUUGCAACUCCAGAAAAUCCUAUGCCUUUGUCGUUAUUAGAUACUAGUGGUUAUCAGUCGAUUGAUAUUUCUGGUCGUAUUGAUGAACUUUUGAUUCCUGCAGGGCAAGAGAAAAGUAUUCGUGUGAUAUUUACCCCUAAACGUCCAAUUCAAGAACAUACUCCAACCACGAAAAUGUUUUCACUUCGUGAGACCUUGUGUCGGUUGAUGACCCAAACUUUUCGGUUAUUCUUGCGAAGCAAAUCAGUUGGCUCAAAAAGUAUUUCUUGCCGAGCUAAAGUUUGUGAUUCAGUCAUUUCUGUCGAACCCAAGGAAAUAGAUUUGGGAGAAUGUGAUAUUCAAUCUUUGUAUCAUACUUCUGCUAUUAUAACGAAUAUGUCCGAAUUGCCGGCAUUAAUAUCUUUUAGAUAUUCUUCCAAGGCAGUAUUUAUUGAGUCACAAGAAGUUACCAUUCCAACGAAGAGAUCCUAUACACUUCCCAUUCAUUAUAUUCCUCGAACUAUAACUUCUGAGUAUAAGAAGCAGAUUCGAAUAGUCAAUCGGAAGAACCGUUUGAACGACUGUGUCAUUUCUUUGAAAGCUAGCAAUAUUGAUAGGCAUCGUGUUGUUUUUCAUGCAAAGUUUUAUGAGUUAUUAACAGAAACGACUACGAAUCAAAUCGACUUUGGAGUUACAGUGGUUGGUGAUCCAUCUUUAAGAUGCUUUCGGAUAAAGAAUAUUACCAAGUCUAACCUUACUUUGGAAUUGAGAGGGAAUUCUGAAAUUUCUGUGUAUUCGGUGCUAUCAAAGAAUGCGUUGUAUGAAAAGGUUUUGAAAGGUAUUCAAUCGACGGACUAUGAACGAGAUGAGAGAUUGGUAUGGAGAAGGGAAGCGGAAAUAUAUAAGAAAAAGUUGAGUUUGGUAGAGAAUUUGGAUGAGUAUUCAAGAAAAUUGUUAUCUCAGCCCGUUAAAGAAGAGUCAGAAAUAUCGAGCAAGAUGGAACAAAAAAGUAUAAGUUGGGAAGAAAAGAGUUCGGAACAAAAGAAAGAUGAACAAAGUCUCUUUGAUAAGCAACAAGAACUUGAGAAUCGCAUUCAACAUCUUAUGGAGCUGGCUUCUCCAUCUCAAAGGACGCCAACCUAUUUCUCUGAUGCUGGAGCAGAACUGGAUUAUAUUGAAACUCAACUUCGAGCCGGUAGAGAGUUAGCAAGGUCGCUUAGAGAUGGUUUGCUUGUUCCGGUUAAGCAAGUAACGAUUGCUCCCGAAGAAGAACAAGUAUUUUUCAUUACUUUUAUACCAGACACUAAGAAACGUUCAUUGAAGGGAAAGCUUCGACCGAUCGAUAGUAUUUUAUCCAUUCGAAUUUUACAAGUGGACGGAACACUUCCAGUGGAUUGUAUACAUUCCGGUAUUACUGAUGUUUCACAAAUCUCACCCAGAGAAGUGUUAUUGCUGCUCAAAGCAUGCAAAUCUGAAAUGGAAUUGGCUCAAAAGCAUAUUCAUUUCGGUCAUGUAACCGUCGGUGAACAACGUACAAAGAGUAUUGUGAUUCAAAAUCGAUGUGAAGCUCCCCUUUUGUAUGUUGUGAAGAAAAGUGGUUCAGUAUCCAGCGAUGAUUUACAAUUCGAUGCCAGCAAGGUUGGUGUUGUUCGUCCUUAUUCAUCAAAGGAAGUAUUUUUCAAGUUUAAGCCUACUAUGGCUGGCCUCUUUCAAGAAACAGUCUUUGUCGAAAACUUAUUAGAUAGUUCUGCUGACGCUUCUAUUACCAUGAAGGCAACUGUACACAAGAAAAGUCAUUUUCAUGUGGAGAAUCUAUGUGAUUCUGUUGUCAUUUCCCAUAACAGACUUGAUUCUUCAGUUGGUGCAUUUGUACUUUAUAACGAUUCGGAUAAAACCCGAGAUUUUCUUGUCGAAUUUGAGGCGAGAGACUUGUCAUCUCAUUCGUUUGAAGAAUUGCCCAUGGUUGCUUUUCAUGUUUUAGAAACUCGAGAUGCAGAACAAUUUUUGAAGAAUUUGUUUCAAGAACAAUUGGCUAGUUUAGAAAGCUGCAAGCGAUUUAUGAGCAAGGCAGCACCUUCUCUAUCCAAGAUGAAGAUUUCAGUGAGACCUCGUGGUCGUGAACUUAUUCUUUUUUGGAUAUCUUGCCAACAACCAGACAAACAAAUUUCACAUAUAUUCGGGAAUGACUUUACAUACAAAUUUGACUUGAUUAUUUUCGAGAUAAAGAAUAGGGAUGUAGAGAGGAGAAUUUCGGCAACUUGCAGACUUAGUCAUGAAUCUGACUUUGACUCAGCCUUUGCUUUGUUAGAUAGUAACAGAACUCCUGUUGAGCAAGUAGACAGAAAGGAUAUGGAAGAGGAACCAUUGUUUUCCAUUGGAAUUCAGAAACUUGAUAUUGGUGGUGUACAGGUUGGACAGAUGGUUCGUCGUUCAAUUCGAAUAAGUAGUCUAUGCAAAGAUACUUCACUUACUUUGGAAGUAUUUGCCAAGAAUAACGUUUUAAAUAAUUUAUGUGACACGUCAUGUCGGGUUUACUUUGCUUGUAGCUAUGAAAACGAUUCUAGUAAAUGUGAAUUGGCUGCAGAAGCUACUACGGAAAUCAUUAUUGAAAUUUGCCCUGUGGCAGUUCGAAAGUUUCAUUCGGUCUUUUCAAUACUAGGAAGAAGCCACAAAGAUUCUACUGCAUUUGAAACAUCUUUUGAAGUAAUAUAUUUUGGCUACAGCAAAGAUUCUAUUCGUAUUUUGGAAUGUCGUGAUGAAGAGAGUCUAUACCCUUUUUGUACUGUUGCUGAUCUGUCAAGACGUUUUGCAUGGAUUUAUCAUCUCCGUGUUGUAUGUGACGUUCAAGAUUGCAACCGAGCGGUUUUAAAUGCAAAAUCGAAUCUUCCUUCACAAAUAGUCAUAUAUAGCGAUACAAAGUUAGAAACCUUAGCGGAGAAUAUACCGAUUGCCACUGGAAUAGCUCAAGAGUUAUUUCUUUGCGUUGCACCAAAAUUUUCGGAAGACGAUAUUGUCAACUGCAGUGCAAAGCGUAUCGUUGCAGGAUUGCAGCUUAGUGUAUCAGACCAAGAUACUAAAACUGUGUUAUCAGAGAGAACCUGGAAAGUUCAUGGUAUUGUUGGAAUUGUGAGAUUGGAGUUUUCGUUGUCAGGUUCGAGUUUUUGGAUCAUUGAUAAGGAUAAUUCUGUUGAAAGUUUGGAAUGUCAUGGUCAACUAGAACUUCGAAACGGUUCCUCGCAAUUUUCCACUGAUUUUCAUGUAGUCUCUCCUUAUCGAGAUGUUGUUCUAAACGGACCCAUUCAUGGCAUUUUGGGUUGCUCAAGUAAUGGACUAUCUUUAAUUGAUUGCGAUAGGGAUGAAUGGAAGUCUUUGGUUUCACCAGAAUGGCUAGAGUCCAUGAAAUAUCCUAUUCACGUGAUGAUAUCUUAUUCAUUUUAUCCUCAAGAAACUGGUUAUAUUGCUAGGAAAUUGUAUAUGGAAAGUGCAUCAUUUUCAUUUCCUGCGCAAGUUUCGUUUGGUUGUUUUGUGGACGAUGGUAGAUUUCAACUGAAAAGUCCGUAUUUACUAGAAGCAGAUCAUUCAUUGCGUGUUCCUAUUUGUGUACGAAGAAAGUCAAACGAUACUUUUGUACCUUCAGAAGCUUUUAAUUUCACUCUCUCGGUCUUCGACGACAAUAAUUCAAGCGAUGAUUCUGAUAACCUCAUUAUAAUGUCUAAUUUUAUAUGCUUAAUGAGCGCAACUAAUAAGGAGGAAGCCUUGAGUUUGAAUGGCUGGAAUGCGCGGUUUUAUGAUUGCUAUGUAGCGAAGGAUAUUGUGAAGUUGAACAAUUCUUUCCAAUAUAUUAUUCGACAUUCUCAGAGUCUUUCUUUGGAAAAGGAUGAAGAGUACUUUUUGCGUGACCAUGGUUUUCUGGAAAGGAAGGGCUUCCUUCUUCUGGCGGAUGCAAGAAUAAAAUGUCAACCUUACAACAAAGAAAAUUUUGUAAGAAAGAUAAUUGCGUGCACCUUGUAUUAUGAAUGUCCAGAACUAGCUGUUAUAUCAGAUAAUCCUGCAUAUCUUGGCGAUAUUGGUCCCUUAAGUGGUAUUUUGGAAAAAGAAGUGACUUUUGAACUUGAAAACCAAAGUCAAUUUAUGGUUAUUGCAUCAUUAGAUCAUAUACCAUCCGGUCUGAUUCCUCAAUUUCCGUUUUUGAAGGAAGCCAGUCACGACAUUGUUUUUCGUCCAACAGAAAAGAAAACUAUUUCUUUCAUGUUAGUGUCAGAGCACCUGGAUCAGAGCAUUCGUGGAAAGAGCAGUUUGAACCUUUUACUUGUGAAUCAAAUGAAUGAGUGGAACCAAGUGAAGCUGAACAUUGAGCUGAAUUAUUUAAAGGCCAAAUUACAAGUAUCAGAUACUACUAUUUUGAUGAAGUCUUUGAAGUAUCCUCAUGGCGCUAUUGUGGAGAGUCAACUUGAAGUUACGAAUCUCUCUCCGUUGGACUUGGUUUUAGAUACAGUCUUUCAACCUACAGCCGAAUGGACUUCAGACACUAUGCCAGUUGAACUAUGUUUCAUUAAUGGAGAUAAUGGAAAUGUUUGGGAACCCGAAAUAACUCUUGAAGGAAGAGGGCAUUGUAGCCAUUUAUUGAUUCGAGCCAUUCCUCGAGUAGACUCACCUUGGAUAUUGUUGGAGAAAUUGAAAGAGCAAAAUGCAAAUGAGGAUCAAGAGUCGAUUCUGUCUUUUAUAGACUCUGGUAUUCCAUUGGGUCAACUCAGUUUCACUCCUCGACGAGACGAACUUUCAGUAGUGUCUAUUCCAAUCCUUUUUACCUUUCAGUUGGAUGCUUUCGUUCUGCAUUCACCUAACAAGCUGAUACUGGAACAUUCUUCAGAUUUGAAAAAGUCCAUAAGCUUCUGGAAUCCUUGGACUGCCGCAACAUUUGGUUGUCGUCUAGAAAGUGUCUCGUUGCCCUCUUUUUUGCAACUUCGUUCCACUUUGGAAGAAUUUGUAUUAAAACCCUCCAGUCAGGUAGACUUUACUCUCAAGUUGAUAUGGGAUCUAUCUGCAAUCACUUCGGCAUCUUAUUACACUUCAUUGGAAUUGGAUACUGGACAUUCAUGUGUAUUCACUAUUUCUAUACCGGACCAAGUAUUUUCGAGACUUUCUUAUGAACAACAACAACUUUUGGUAAAUAGUUCAUGGGAAUUGGAGAAUCUAUUUCAAGUCAUUAUUCCUGUUGAAUUGACAAGCUCAUUUUUACAUGAGUUGAUGGACUCAUUUGCUGCAAGUCGUCAACCUACUUCGUCACCCGUUGAUACUGUUAAUAGUCGUGCUUCUACUCCUGCAUUCGGACUAUCUGAACAAGAUAUAGGACUAGAACAGCAAUGGCUCAUGGAAGAAGAAGUUAUGGAUUCUCUUCCAUGUCUUAUUUUACGUGGUUGCUCCUCUUUACCAAGCAUCAUUCAAGAAGUUCGUUAUGCUUUAGAUAUUGGACAAGUAUUUAUAGGAAGGGAACCUGCUCCUUGGACAUUUGUGUUGGAGACUUCCAGUCCAAAACUUGCUCUUUAUUAUCGCAUUUAUGUUGUUACUAUGGAAGAAGAUGAUACUUGUUGGAUUUCACUUGGCAAACAAGAAGGUCUUUUGAAUGAAUUGGAUCCAAUGCAUGAAAUUGAAGCCUAUUUUUCAGCCUUCCGAAUGGGUUAUUUUCAUGGCUAUAUUAGAAUUGAAAAUGUUUCCAAUCCUUCGGACAUUAUAGUGGUGAGUGUGAAUAUGCAAGUUGUUGCCAAAUUGGAAACGGAAGAACAAGUGAAGAAAGAGGUGUUUUCUGUCAUUUGUGAUGGUCGUCGUCGUAGUCGUCAAAAUACUAUCGAUUAUUCUGUUGUAUUUUUUGAUCAUGUGUAUCGACAUCGCUCUUUAGUUAUUACCAAUCAUUCAUCUGUGGAACAAGAAUUUCUUCUCAAGCAUGAUUUGCAUACUGAAAACAAGUCAGAAUUGAAUUUCUCUUUGACCAACAAUUCUUUGAGGAAGGUUAAUUCAUUGCAUAUUCGUUCUGGAGAGUCUGCUCGAGUUUUUCUAUAUUAUCGUCCCGCAUUGGAAUCAUCGGAUAUGGCCAAUUUAUCGGAUAUAACCAAAUAUGAUCAACAAGAAAUAAUAAGAGACUAUCACGUGUUUAUUCAUUGCCGAUUGGUAAAAGAUUAUCAGGAAGUGAUAUUAGUGAAGAGUCGUUGUCGGUUACCUCGCUUACAAGUAUCACCAGUGGACCAAGUAUUUACGAUGCAUUUAUAUUCAUCUGAAAGUCAUCAUAGCAGUCAUGGAGGUGAUUGGUUUCAUACCCAAUUGGUAACUUCCACUUCAGAUACCACGAUGGCUUUAUCAGGAGGAUAUCCCAAACCGGAAGAAAAAUAUGCUUCUUCACCUGGAAUGAUUCCUUUUUCUUUGAAUAACGAAUGGUAUGCCAUUGACCCUCCUCAUUGUCAGGUUACGAUCCGUAACUUGUCUCCUACAACUCCCUUACAUUAUCGUAUUAUGAAUAAUGCUUUUUUCUUUCAAGUGGAGAAUGUUGACGAAACUUUUAUCAUUCCACCUACCAACUCCAUCCACAACAACUUUCGUGGGACAGAAUGGACGACAGAGAAUUGUUCCUCUCAUACCAUAACUAUCCGAGUGGAUCCCAAAGCUUUGUUUCAACGUCAAAAGAUUUUACUAAAAGAGAAGUAUGUUGAGGAACACAUCUCUAUUUACAACUGUGAUUUACCGAAAGAAUUCUUUUGGAUUCGCUUGCGACUUAGUGUCGAUGGUACAGCAAAGAAUUUUACAGCAGUUAUGCACAAAGGCACACCAGCUUUUGAAACGUUGGAAGCCAUCGCUCAACAAUUUAUGAAACAAGUUGGCAAAGCAUUUCAUCAUUUGCAUCGACAACUGAACAAUCAACGGAAUAUGCUUUGGCAGACGCUUAAUGCAUCCGAUACUCAUUCAGCGUCUCAAAGUGGUGAUAUAACGGAUGAAGUAUGUCGGCAUAUGGAACAAAUUCUAACAGAUUGGAUGCUGGAAGAUUCGCAUCGUCAACUCAUGUUUCAAAUGCAUUAUGUGACAGAUGAACUUACAUAUUAUGCGCUAAAGGAUCCUUCGGAUGCUGCAUUAUUGCUAGCCAAACUUGUAUACUCCUUUAUUUUCCGAUCAAACAUUGUUUCGUUGGGUUUUGGAGUGCCGGGAGCAAAUAAGAGACACUAGCUUUGUUGUUUUCUGGACAGGACAAUUGAGACACUUUUUAAGUUUCUUUCCCGAUAAGUUUGACAAGUUGCGCCUUUUGUAUUGGUUAGAGGAACAAUUUGAAACAUAGACGAGAGAAGAAAAAGUUGAAGAAAGCCUUAAACCCUGUUUGCUCUUCUCGUAAGGAACCCCAACAUUCUUUGUUUUAUCCAUUCCUGGCCAUAUGGAAUAUAUUUACCUUCACGACUAUCGUAUAACAAACAUUCCAAUUGUGGCAAGUGUUGUAAAAAGUGCAAAAGGUCGUUUGCCUCAUAACGAAUGCGUGCGAGGUGAGGUUGUACUUGUCGCAAGUGAUUUUCAUACCACGAACAUAUUCCUUUGUAGACUUAUUUGAGUGAUAUGCUUUU